AUGGCCUUGCCCUUGUCUUUCCUGCUGGCCCUGGUAGUGCUCAGCUGCAAGUCCAUCUGCUCUCUGGGAUGUGACCUGCCUCAGAUCCACGAUCUGAGUCUUGAAACUCCUAAAGAAAAUGAGGAGGGUGCUCUGACACUCCUGGAAAACAUGGAGAGAAUUUCCACUUUGUCCUGUGUGAAAUACGGAAAGAACUUUGCCUUCCCUGAGAAGCAGCUGAAUGGUGAGCAUGUGCAGAAGGCUCAAGCUGUUGCUGUCUUCCACGAGAUGACCCAGCAGGUCUUCAACCUCUUCUACACCGAGGAGUCCUUUGCUGCUUGGAACAAUACCCUCCUGAACUCGUUCCUCCGUGUCCUCUAUCAGCAGCUGAAUGACCUGAAAGCCUGUGAGACCCAGCAGGUCGGGGUGGAAGAGGCUCCCAGGAGGACUGUAAAGAAAUACUUCCGCAGGCUCACUGACUACCUGAAGGAGAAGACAUACUUCCCUUGUGCCUGGGAGGUGGUCAGAGCAGAAAUCAUGAAAUCCUUCGCUUCAUCAGCAAACUUGUAUGAAAGACUAAGGAGUAAGGAAUGA